GAUUUUUGUCGUUACAAUUAAUUAACAUUUUGCAAACAUUGUGACGUUAAAAAAUUAUAUUAAAUCAUUUAUCUUUAAAUAACAUAAAGAAAAUCGGUUAAUUUGGUUCAAGGAAAGGUUGCGUGCUACGCUAAUUUCAUGUUUUCAAAGAAUCAAAGUAAAAACGACAUUGCACUUAGCAAAAGAUUAUCGUAUCUACUACGCCAUGGAGCUGUAAAAGAAGGCUUAAAUAUUAAACCAAAUGGUUUUAUUACUGUUGAGGACCUGUUAAAUAAAUCACUGCUUCAGUAUACAAUUGACGAUAUCAAGAGAGUAGUAAAAACAAAUAACAAGCAAAGAUUUACCCUUGCAACUAUUGAUGGUAUUUUAAAGAUUAAGGCCAAUCAAGGUCACUCUAUACCCACAAUCAAUCAACUGAGUUUGAGAAUACUUGAAUUUAUAGACUUUGACAUAAUUCAUGGGACUUAUCUUAAAUAUUGGCCAAAGAUAAAAACUGAAGGUCUAUCACGUAUGAAGAGAAACCAUAUUCAUUUUGCAAAGGGAUUAAACUUUAUCAACGGUUUACGUCAAAGCGCCGAUCUUUUUAUUUAUGUCAAUUUUGACAAAGCAAAGGAAGAUGGCUUGAUAUUUCUUGAAUCUGAAAAUGGUAUUGUUCUUUGUGCUGGAAAUUCAAAAGGAUUUAUUGAAACAAGAUAUUUUUUGAAAGUGAUAACUAGAGACGGUCAAACAUUAAAUUUUAAUUAAAAAUAUUGACCUUUGUCUUUUUAUUUUUAUAUAACGGAUUGUUAUUAAGAAACUAAUAUUUCCUGCUACAGAAACAGAGACAUAACUAAGAAACUAUAAUAAAUUACAAUUAUUCAAAUAACUUUGAAUCAUGGAAUCUAAAUCAAAUGAAUCUGUCAAGUAUAAGAACAAACAAAUUGCUACAAGUUCAAAAAGUCAAGAAACAAAAAUAGAACAAAAAG